CCUUUCCUUCAGACUUGCCUGCGGAGCUGUAAGAGUGCAGCCGGAAAGUGCAUCUUUGGUUUUCUGGUGCCACCCGCGAUGGCCUCUUACACAGCCUACAGUGGCUAUACCAAGCCACCCAUGACCAUGACCUAUGCUCCGUCUUACUAUGACGAGAACUUGCAGAAGCCACCCAUGGCCUACACAGACUACCAGGACUCUAUGUAUGAGGAAAAACAGAAAGCCGAGAAGAGGAAAAAGCGGAACGAAGUCUGCUGUGAGAUCGUGGCUCUCGUCGUUGGUUUUGUCGGACUCAUUGGAGUGGCGGCGGUGACGGGCUUGCCCAUGUGGAAGGUAACGGCCUUUAUUGAGGAGAACAUCAUUGUCAUGGAGACUCGUUGGGAGGGUUUGUGGAUGAACUGCUUCAGACAAGCCAACAUAAGGAUGCAGUGUAAGGUGUACGACUCCCUGCUGUUCCUGCCGCCAGAUCUCCAGGCAGCCAGAGGCCUGAUGUGCAGCUCCGUGGCUCUCACCUGCUUCGCCCUGAUUGUUUCAGUGGUGGGAAUGAAAUGCACUAGGAUGGUGGACCAUCGCGCUCGCACAAAACACGUCGUCCUUGUGGUCGGAGGAUGUCUCUUCCUCAUGGGCUGCGUUACUACCUUGAUCCCAGUGUCCUGGACCGGCCACGUCAUCAUCAUGGACUUCUACAACCCGCUGCUGAUUGACGCCCAGCGAAGGGAACUCGGGGAGGCUCUGUACAUCGGCUGGGUGACGUCUGCUUUGCUUUUCUCCGCCGGCGUGAUCCUGCUGUGCCGCCACGCUCCGCGCACCAACAUCGAAGAGGAGAGGGUCAUCUACAACCCCGGUGGAAGUGUCUACCAGCCUGCCUACUCAUACCAGCCGUACACAUACCAGCCCGAAUACAACUACCAGCCUCCAUACUCUGCGCCCCCACCAGGAUCUGUGGUGUAUGCUCCGUCUCAGUACUAGAAGAUCUUUGGACUCGAUGUUUAAACCAGACAAAAUAUGGCUCAAAUGACGAAGGACGGUCGAGUGACAAAGACAGGGCAUAGCAAUAAAAGGCCCAUUCAGUACUUUAAAAAGUUGGGCUAAUGUAUUUCUGAGACUGAAAUUCAUUAUGAAUGUCAUUGUGUUUUGAUCAUGAGGAGUUGUGCUGAAAUGCUUUUGUCUUUGUGUUUUUGUGCCUAUUAAGCGAGUGUUUUACAUGCUUAAUAAGAAAAAAGCAGCCAUGUGAUAAUAUCUAUACCUUUACAGAAUCCACAGACAUGCUCUUUUGAGUUAAAACUAUAUGCACUAGACUAUCUUCAUAUCUACAGGUAAUUUCUGUUUACUUUUCAGAUUUUGUUAUGUAUAUACUUUUUUUUUUAAAUGAUACCCAACAUUAAAUGUCCACUGUCAUAUAAAAUAAGAAAAAAGUGUGA